AUGAGUAUAGCUGCAUAUGCGUAUGAAGCUGACAGAGCUAAACGUUUAUAUUUUGGUCAAUACUCUCUCACACUUACUGACAAAUAUAUUGUUAUCACUGAUGGAAAUACUGAGAAAUACAUAACAUGGAAGGACUAUGAAAAGUUUGACCCUAUUUUAACUCCAUGUGCAAUGCCUUUUAUUAAGGACGGUGAAAUCGUAAGAGUUCCGGAUUCAACGGUUUACACAGCUGUUCAAAACAGUUUACAAAACAUUUUAGCGAAUAUCUUUAAUUCAGAAACUACAGAAAUAAAAUUACCAUAUAUAACAGAUGCUAAAGAAAUUAAAUCAAAAACGACAACAUUAUUUACGUCACUUAAUGAUUUAAUGACUUAUAUCAUUAAUAUUCCUGCACCAACUACAGCAUUUGAUCCAAAUUCGACGGUUUGUAGUGUACCUUUCAUUAAUGACAGUUCAGUAAUUGCUUUAAGGGAUUCGACAGUAAAUGAAUCAUUAAAGGCGUCAUUAAUGAAAAUCAUUGAUUUUAACUCAUUCACGAAUACAUAUAAUUCAUUCAUUAAUGUUUCAUAUGCUUCUAAAGAAGGUGAGCCAAAAACUAUCGAUAAAGCGGUGUAUGAAAUAAAAGCAUCAACGACGAAAUUGAAUUCGUUAACUUUUGACGGUGAUAGUUUCGUUAAUGACAUAACAUCGGGGAAAACAAUUUUAACGAAAGAAUACUUAAAAUCUCAUGUUAGUGAGUUCGUUGAAAUUGAAAAAGAAGGUGGAAUUAAGUUCGAUCCACUGAAUUUCAUUUUCAGCUUAGUGAAUGCAGGUAUUAGUUUCGCUGAAUGGACAACUAUACAAA